AUGAAAGCACCUUCAUCCACGAAGGGCAGUAGGGAUGCAGCUAAUUACGUGACUGAGUCUGAUGUCAUUGUGAUAAAGUUACUGGAGGUGUUGGAGGUAGAGACUCCACGCAACGUUUCGGAAGUAUUUGACGAGCCCUUGAAACACCAAGGCAUCGGAGGAAACGGGCCACCUGCUGGAAAAUGGGAUGAUUGCACGAUGGUCGCCAGGUUACCAAACCAUCGGGACCAUGUCUGCAGUACCUGGGGAAACAACCACUUCAAGACCUUCGACGGGGAUGUUUACCAGUUUCCGGGAACUUGUGAUUAUAAUUUUGUGACUGACUGUCAUUCGCAAUAUAAAGAAUUCUCCAUUCAUAUCAAACGUACCGUUUCCAAGGGGCACCCCAAAAUACAUUACAUCACAGCAAAAAUCAAGGAUAUUGUGAUUUACAUGACACCAAAAUUUAUGGUCGUCAAUGAUGAAAUAGUCUCGCUCCCUUACUUUGGCCCUGGUCUCUAUGUGGAACAGAAUGCUCAGUACACUAAGCUGUAUGGGAAGUUUGGAUUGACUCUCAUGUGGAACAGGGAGGAUGCUCUCAUGGUUGAGCUUGAUGUGAAAUUUCACAAUCAGACCUGUGGGCUUUGCGGAGACUAUAAUGGCAUUCCUGUUUACAAUGAGUUCAUGACAGAUGGACAACAACUUUCACCCAUUCAGUUUGGAAACCUGCAGAAAGUCCACCUGCCAAAUGAAAUGUGUCCAGAUGUGGAUGAGCAGGAGACCGAAUCCAGUGCUCUGUGUGAACAAUAUAGGGAGGCCUGUGAAAAUCUGCUCUCAAGAAGCUCAUUCGCAGACUGUACAUCCCGCUUAAAUAAUGAGCAUUACAUACAGACCUGCAUGCUGGACAUGUGCAGUUGUGACAAAGUUUUGGACUCCUUCUGUCUGUGCAGUACCAUCUCUGAAUAUUCACGGCAAUGCUCUCAUGCUGGAGGGAAGCCAGAGAACUGGAGGACAGAGACGUUUUGCCCAAAGAAAUGCCCUUUAAAUAUGAUCUACAAGGAGAGUGGCUCUCCCUGCAUGGACUCUUGUUCUCACCUGGACACGAGCAGCUUGUGUGAGGAGCACUAUAUGGAUGGCUGUUUCUGCCCCCCAGGAAUGGUGAUUGACGACUAUUCUGGCUCUGGAUGCAUCAAAGUGAAGGACUGCAAAUGUACGAUGAAGGGCAAACAUUACAACCCAGGCAGCCUGAUCUCAACUGAGUGUGAAGAAUGUGUCUGCAACAAUGGCAAAUGGCUGUGCAAGAAUCUGCCUUGUCCUGGUGUCUGCUCCUUCGAGGGGGGAGCACAUGUCUCCACUUUUGAUGGGAUGAAGUACACAUUUCACGGUGACUGCUAUUACAUUCUUUCCAAGGACUGUGAUCAGCAACAAUAUACUUUACUGGCAGAGAUCGUGCCUUGUGGAACAAUAUCAACUGAAACCUGCCUGAAAUCUGUGGUGCUAUCAACAGACCACAAACACAAUAUCCUUGUUUUUAAAGAUAAUGGGAAUGUUAUCAUGAAUGGUGUAAAGGUGACUUUGCCUCUGGUAACAGCAAACUACACUGUUUUCAAACCAUCGACAUUCCACAUCCUGGUAGAAUCAAAACUUGGCCUGCAGCUACAGGUCCAGCUGGUCCCUCGGAUGCAAGUCUACGUAACACUGGAGCAGUCUUACAAGGGAAAGACAUGUGGUUUCUGUGGGAAUUUUAAUGACAUCCUGCACGACGAUUUCAAGGCAAGUAAUGGAUUGAUUGAGGGCACAGCUGCACCAUUUGGAAACUCAUGGAAAGCCCAGCAGAGCUGCCCAUCUGUAUCAGAGCGCCUGGAGGAUCCCUGUGCUAUUAGUGCUGAGAACCAAAAUUACGCAGAGUACUGGUGCUCCCUUUUGAAAAAGCCUGAUGGAGAUUUCUCUCCUUGCCACACUACCAUCGACCCAAAUGAGUACUUCAAGAAAUGUAAAUAUGACAGCUGCAACUGUGAUAAAAACGAGGACUGUAUGUGUGCUGCCAUAUAUUCCUAUGUCCGAGCUUGUGCAAGCAAAGGGGUCACGUUAAACAACUGGCGAACAAACGUGUGUGGCUCCUACACAAAAACCUGCCCCGAGACGCUAACGUACGAUUAUAACAUGAAGAGCUGCAGGCGCACAUGUCACUCGCUGACUGAGAAGGACGUCACGUGCGGAAUCCAACAUGUGCCUGUGGAUGGAUGUGGGUGCGCGGAAGGAACGUACAUGAAUGAAAAGGGCAGAUGUGUGCCCUCACUCAAGUGUCCGUGCCUCUAUCAGGGCAGCCUCUUGAAUCCUGGCGAGAUGAUCAGAAUAGGAGAUACACAUUGUGUGUGUAUACAUGGAAAAGUCCAGUGCAUUAGGUUACGAAGCAGAAUGACAGGGUGUGAGCCACCGAAGAUCUAUCUCAGCUGCAAUACGACAGAGCCGGGAACAGGGGCAGAGUGUCGCAGGACAUGCGGGAACCAGAAUCUGGAUUGUUACAGUGAGAAGUGUGUGUCAGGUUGUGUUUGCCCUGAGGGGCUUUUGGACGAUGGGAGAGGAAGCUGUGUGAUGGAGGAGAAGUGCCCUUGUAUGCACAAUAAUGUCUCUUACUCACCAGGAAGCAGGAUUAGAGUCGACUGUAACACUUGUACCUGUCAGAAAGGCCACUGGAUGUGCACAGAUAUUCCCUGCUUUGGAGCUUGUAGAAUAUACGGGAGUGGUCACUACAUCACAUUUGAUGGCAAGCGCUAUAACUUUGAGGGUAAUUGUGAAUAUGUUGUCACCCAGGACUACUGUGGAGUUAGUCAAACCAACGGUACCUUCAGUGUAAUCACAGAAAACGUCCCCUGCGGAACAACUGGCACAACAUGUUCUAAAUCAAUCAAGCUGUUUUUUCAGAAUUUUGAACUGAAGUUAGCCGAGGGGAAACACGAAGUAAUACAACGGAAUGAAAACAAGAAGCUUCCUUUCACUGUUCGCACACUGGGUCUUUAUCUUACGGUGGAAACUACUAAUGGAUUGGUUCUGAUAUGGGACAAAAAAACUAGCGUUUUUAUUAAACUGAGCCCUUCUUACCAGGGGAAUAUUUGUGGAUUAUGUGGUAACUUUGAUGGAAAUGCCAACAAUGAUUUGAUGACAAGAAGCCAGUCUGUUGUCACUGACCUCAUGGAAUUUGGAAACUCCUGGAAGUUGUCAGCCACCUGCCCUGAUGCUGUGCCUGAGAACGACCCCUGCGUUGCGAAGCCGCACCGUAAAGCCUGGGCGGAGAAGCAGUGUGGGAUCAUUCUGAGUGACGUCUUCAAAAAUUGUUCCGGAAUGGUUGACCCAAAUCCAUUUUAUGAAGCUUGUGUCCAUGACUCUUGCUCUUGUGACAGUGGUGGAGACUGUGAGUGCUUUUGCACAGCUGUAGCUGCCUACGCAAAUGCCUGCAAUGAGUCUGGGAUAUGUGUUGACUGGAGGACCCCUGAAAUCUGUCCUAUGUACUGCAGUUUCUACAACCCUUUCCCGGAGUUGUGUCAGUGGCAUUACCAUGCUUGUGGAGUCCACUGCUUCAAAACCUGUCUAAACCCUCACGGUCUCUGCAACGUCACAUUCCAGCUGGAAGGUUGCUACCCUAAAUGUCCCGAGGACACACCCAUUUUCGAUGAGCAUACCAAGCAGUGUGUUGCUGAAUGUGGCUGCUAUGAAAAUGGAAAGCAUUAUGAAGUUAACGAAACUGUGGUAACCACCAAUAACUGUGAGAAGUGUGUGUGCACACCGGACGGCAUUCAAUGCAUGAACGACAGCAGCGUGAUUCUCACGUCAACUUCAACUGUUCCCACAACCAGCAAAGCACUGACCUCGACUUGUGUGAUAGUGGAAGAGUGUGAAUGGACCAACUGGAUAAGUGUGAGUACUCCCUUACAUGGAUAUGGGGAAGGUGAUUUCGAAACGUAUGAUAAAAUCAGGGAGCACGGAUACGCGAUCUGCGAAGCUCCGAACAGGAUAGAGUGCAGAGCUAUACAUGCACCGGAAGUGGACCUUGAGGACCUGCAGCAAAAGGUGGAAUGUAAUGUAUCCUACGGGCUCACAUGCAGAAAUGAAGACCAAGAAUACAUCAAAAAAUGCUAUGAUUACGAAAUACAGGUACAAUGUUGUGACUACAUAUGCCAUCCUCUGACAACUACCCCAGAACCAACAACAACCACAUCAGGGACAUCACAAUUCAUCACUUCCACAACCACAACAGCAAAAACGACACCUACCACAGCAACCACAGCCUCAGCACCUCCCGUCUCAGGGACACCAUCUAGUACCACACCUGAAGAGACGACAACAUGCACAACCGAAAUAACAGAAACUACAACAACACCAUCCUCCAAGACUACUACAGUUAGAAGCACACCAGUGGUAUCCACAAGUACACCAUCUCAAUCAGAAACUACAGUGUCCACAACCACAGCACCAACACCAAGUGAAAGCACAACACUGCACACUCCCCCUUCAUCAACAGGCACAACAAGCGAAACCAGAACGACACAUUUCACCAGCGCUACAACGACAAAAACCAGUCCAACAACACCGACACGUGUAGAAACCACCCCAACUCCAACGGGUACACAGACAGAAACAACAAGUACAAAGACAACUGUUUCUACAACCAGUACAACCGGAGCCUCUACACCUACAGCAUCACCCACAACCUCAACAAGUCACAUCACAGGAACACCACCUCUUUCCACAACUGAAGAGACAACAACAUGCACAACUGAAAUAACAGAAACUACAACAACACCAUCCUCCAAGACUACAACACUGACAAGCACACCAGUGGUAUCCACAAGUACACCAUCUCAAUCAGCAACUACAGUGUCCACAUCCACAGCACCAACACCAAGUGAAAGCACAACACUGCACACUCCCCCUUCAUCAACAGGCACAACAAGUCAAACAAUAACUACACAUGUCACCAUCUCUACAACUACAAAAACCAGUCCAACAACACCGACACGUGUAGAAACCACCCCAACACCAACUGGUACACAGACAGAAACAACAAGUCCAAAGACAACUGUUUCCACAACCAGUACAACCGGAGCCUCUACAACUACAGCAUCACCCACAACCUCAACAACUCCCAUCACAGGAACACCACCUCUUUCCACAACUGAAGAGACGACAACAUGCACAACUGAAAUAACAGAAACUACAACAACACCAUCCUCCAAGACUACUACACUAACAAGCACACCAGUGGUAUCCACAAGUACACCAUCUCAAUCAGCAACUACAGUGUCCACAUCCACAGCACCAACACCAAGUGAAAGCACAACACUUCACACUCCCCCUUCAUCAACAGGCACAACAAGCGAAACCAGAACGACACAUUUCACCGGCUCUACAACUGCAAAAACCGGUCCAACAACACCGACACGUGUAGAAACCACCCCAACACCAACUCGCACAACAAGUGAAACAAUAACUACACAUGUCACCAUCUCUACAACUACAACAACCAGUCCAACAACCAGUCCAACAACACCAACACGUGUAGAAACCACCCCCGGACCAACUGGUACACAAACAACAAGCACAACAAGUGAAACAAUAACUACACAUGUCACCAUCUCUACAACCACAACAACCAGUCCAACAACACCCACACGUGUAGAAACCACCCCAAGACCAACUGAUACACAGACAGAAACAACAAGUCCAAAGACAACUGUUUCCACAACCAGCACAACAAGCGAAACCGGAACGACACAUUUCACCAGCUCUACAACUGCAAAAACCGGUCCAACAACACCGACACGUGUAGAAACCACCCCAACACCAACUCGUACACAGACAGAAACAACAAGUCCAAAGACAACUGUUUCAACAACCAGCACAACAAGUGGAACAAUAACUACACAUGUCACCAUCUCUACAACUACAACAACCAGUCCAACAACACCAACACGUGUAGAAACCACCUCAAGACCAACUGGUACACAGACAGAAACAACAAGUCCAAAGACAACUACUACUACACUAACAAGCACACCAGUGGGAUCCACAAGUACACCAUCUCAAUCAGCAACUACAGUUCCAACAACACCAACACGUGUGGUAACCACCCCAACAACAACUGGUACACAGACAGAAACAACAAGUCCAAAGACAACUGUUUCUACAACCAGUACAACCAGAGCCUCUACACCUACAGCAUCACCCACAACCUCAACAACUCCCAUCACAGGAACACCACCUCUUUCCACAACUGAAGAGACGACAACCUGCACAACUGAAAUAACAGAAACUACAACAACACCAUCCUCCAAGACUACUACACUAACAAGCACACCAGUGGUAUCCACAACUACACCAUCUCAAUCAGCAACUACAGUGUCCACAUCCACAGCACCAACACCAAGUGAAAGCACAACACUGCACACUCCCCCUUCAUCAACAGGCACAACAAGUGAAACAAUAACUACACAUGUCACCAUCUCUACAACUACAACAACCAGUCCAACAACCAGUCCAACAACACCAACACGUGUAGAAACCACCCCCGGACCAACUGGUACACAAACAACAAGCACAACAAGCGAAACCGGAACGACACAUUUCACCAGCUCUACAACUGCAAAAACCGGUCCAACAACACCGACACGUGUAGAAACCACCCCAACACCAACUCGUACACAGACAGAAACAACAAGUCCAAAGACAACUGUUUCCACAACCAAAACUACAACAACUCCAUCCUCCAAGACUACUACACUAACAAGCACACCAGUGGGAUCCAGAAGUACACCAUCUCAAUCAGCAACUACAGUGUCCACAUCCACAGCACCAACACCAAGUGAAAGCACAACACUGCACACUCCCCCUUCAUCAAAAGGCACAACAAGCGAAACCGGAACGACACAUUUCACCAGCUCUACAUCUACAACAACCAGUCCAACAACACCAACACGUGUGGUAACCACCCCAACAACAACUGGUACACAGACAGAAACAACAAGUCCAAAGACAACUGUUUCUACAACCAGUACAACCAGAGCCUCUACACCUACAGCAUCACCCACAACCUCAACAACUCCCAUCACAGGAACACCACCUCUUUCCACAACUGAAGAGACGACAACCUGCACAACUGAAAUAACAGAAACUACAACAACACCAUCCUCCAAGACUACUACACUAACAAGCACACCAGUGGUAUCCAGAAGUACACCAUCUCAAUCAGCAACUACAGUGUCCACAUCCACAGCACCAACACCAAGUGAAAGCACAACACUUCACACUCCCCCUUCAUCAACAGGCACAACAAGUGAAACAAUAACUACACAUGUCACCAUCUCUACAACUACAACAACCAGUCCAACAACCAGUCCAACAACACCAACACGUGUAGAAACCACCCCCGGACCAACUGGUACACAAACAACAAAAACUACAACAACUCCAGUCUCCAAGCCUACUACACUGACAAGCACACCAGUGGUAUCCAGAAGUACACCAUCUCAAUCAGCAACUACAGUGUCCACAUCCACAGCACCAACACCAAGUGAAAGCACAACACUGCACACUCCCCCUUCAUCAACAGGCACAACAAGUGGAACAAUAACUACACAUGUCACCAUCUCUACAACUACAACAACCAGUCCAACAACCAGUCCAACAACACCAACACGUGUAGAAACCACCCCCGGACCAACUGGUACACAAACAACAAAAACUACAACAACUCCAUCCUCCAAGACUACUACACUAACAAGCACACCAGUGGGAUCCAGAAGUACACCAUCUCAAUCAGCAACUACAGUGUCCACAUCCACAGCACCAACACCAAGUGAAAGCACAACACUGCACACUCCCCCUUCAUCAAAAGGCACAACAAGCGAAACCGGAACGACACAUUUCACCAGCUCUACAUCUACAACAACCAGUCCAACAACACCAACACGUGUGGUAACCACCCCAACAACAACUGGUACACAGACAGAAACAACAAGUCCAAAGACAACUGUUUCUACAACCAGUACAACCAGAGCCUCUACACCUACAGCAUCACCCACAACCUCAACAACUCCCAUCACAGGAACACCACCUCUUUCCACAACUGAAGAGACGACAACCUGCACAACUGAAAUAACAGAAACUACAACAACACCAUCCUCCAAGACUACUACACUAACAAGCACACCAGUGGUAUCCAGAAGUACACCAUCUCAAUCAGCAACUACAGUGUCCACAUCCACAGCACCAACACCAAGUGAAAGCACAACACUUCACACUCCCCCUUCAUCAACAGGCACAACAAGUGAAACAAUAACUACACAUGUCACCAUCUCUACAACUACAACAACCAGUCCAACAACCAGUCCAACAACACCAACACGUGUAGAAACCACCCCCGGACCAACUGGUACACAAACAACAAGCACAACAAGUGGAACAAUAACUACACAUGUCACCAUCUCUACAACUACAACAACCAGUCCAACAACCAGUCCAACAACACCAACACGUGUAGAAACCACCCCCGGACCAACUGGUACACAAACAACAAGCACAACAAGCGAAACCGGAACGACACAUUUCACCAGCUCUACAACUGCAAAAACCGGUCCAACAACACCGACACGUGUAGAAACCACCCCAACACCAACUCGUACACAGACAGAAACAACAAGUCCAAAGACAACUGUUUCCACAACCAGUACAACCGCAGCCUCUACACCUACAGCAUCACCCACAACCUCAACAACUCGCACAACAAGUGGAACAAUAACUACACAUGUCACCAUCUCUACAACUACAACAACCAGUCCAACAACACCAACACGUGUAGAAACCACCUCAAGACCAACUGGUACACAGACAGAAACAACAAGUCCAAAGACAACUACUACUACACUAACAAGCACACCAGUGGUAUCCACAAGUACACCAUCUCAAUCAGCAACUACAGUUCCAACAACACCAACACGUGUGGUAACCACCCCAACAACAACUGGUACACAGACAGAAACAACAAGUCCAAAGACAACUGUUUCUACAACCAGUACAACCAGAGCCUCUACACCUACAGCAUCACCCACAACCUCAACAACUCCCAUCACAGGAACACCACCUCUUUCCACAACUGAAGAGACGACAACCUGCACAACUGAAAUAACAGAAACUACAACAACACCAUCCUCCAAGACUACUACACUAACAAGCAGACCAGUGGUAUCCAGAAGUACACCAUCUCAAUCAGCAACUACAGUGUCCACAUCCACAGCACCAACACCAAGUGAAAGCACAACACUUCACACUCCCCCUUCAUCAACAGGCACAACAAGUGAAACAAUAACUACACAUGUCACCAUCUCUACAACUACAACAACCAGUCCAACAACCAGUCCAACAACACCAACACGUGUAGAAACCACCCCCGGACCAACUGGCACAACAAGUGGAACAAUAACUACACAUGUCACCAUCUCUACAACUACAACAACCAGUCCAACAACACCAACACGUGUAGAAACCACCUCAAGACCAACUGGUACACAGACAGAAACAACAAGUCCAAAGACAACUACUACUACACUAACAAGCACACCAGUGGGAUCCACAAGUACACCAUCUCAAUCAGCAACUACAGUGUCCACAUCCACAGCACCAACACCAAGUGAAAGCACAACACUGCACACUCCCCCUUCAUCAAAAGGCACAACAAGCGAAACCGGAACGACACAUUUCACCAGCUCUACAUCUACAACAACCAGUCCAACAACACCAACACGUGUGGUAACCACCCCAACAACAACUGGUACACAGACAGAAACAACAAGUCCAAAGACAACUGUUUCUACAACCAGUACAACCAGAGCCUCUACACCUACAGCAUCACCCACAACCUCAACAACUCCCAUCACAGGAACACCACCUCUUUCCACAACUGAAGAGACGACAACCUGCACAACUGAAAUAACAGAAACUACAACAACACCAUCCUCCAAGACUACUACACUAACAAGCACACCAGUGGUAUCCAGAAGUACACCAUCUCAAUCAGCAACUACAGUGUCCACAUCCACAGCACCAACACCAAGUGAAAGCACAACACUGCACACUCCCCCUUCAUCAACAGGCACAACAAGCGAAACAAUAACUACACAUGUCACCAUCUCUACAACUACAACAACCAGUCCAACAACCAGUCCAACAACACCAACACGUGUAGAAACCACCCCCGGACCAACUGAAACUACAACAACUCCAGUCUCCAAGCCUACUACACUGACAAGCACACCAGUGGUAUCCAGAAGUACACCAUCUCAAUCAGCAACUACAGUGUCCACAUCCACAGCACCAACACCAAGUGAAAGCACAACACUUCACACUCCCCCUUCAUCAACAGGCACAACAAGCGAAACCGGAACGACACAUUUCACCAGCUCUACAUCUACAACAACCAGUCCAACAACACCAACACGUGUGGUAACCACCCCAACAACAACUGGUACACAGACAGAAACAACAAGUCCAAAGACAACUGUUUCUACAACCAGUACAACCAGAGCCUCUACACCUACAGCAUCACCCACAACCUCAACAACUCCCAUCACAGGAACACCACCUCUUUCCACAACUGAAGAGACGACAACCUGCACAACUGAAAUAACAGAAACUACAACAACACCAUCCUCCAAGACUACUACACUAACAAGCACACCAGUGGUAUCCAGAAGUACACCAUCUCAAUCAGCAACUACAGUGUCCACAUCCACAGCACCAACACCAAGUGAAAGCACAACACUUCACACUCCCCCUUCAUCAACAGGCACAACAAGUGAAACAAUAACUACACAUGUCACCAUCUCUACAACUACAACAACCAGUCCAACAACCAGUCCAACAACACCAACACGUGUAGAAACCACCUCAAGACCAACUGAAACUACAACAACACCAUCCUCCAAGACUACUACACUAACAAGCACACCAGUGGGAUCCACAAGUACACCAUCUCAAUCAGCAACUACAGUGUCCACAUCCACAGCACCAACACCAAGUGAAAGCACAACACUGCACACUCCCCCUUCAUCAACAGGCACAACAAGCGAAACCGGAACGACACAUUUCACCAGCUCUACAUCUACAACAACCAGUCCAACAACACCAACACGUGUAGAAACCACCCCCGGACCAACUGGUACACAAACAACAAGUCCAAAGACAACUGUUUCUACAACCAGUUCAACCGGAGCCUCUACAACUACAGCAUCACCCACAACCUCAACAACUCCCAUCACAGGAACACCACCAAUAUCCACAGCUGAAGAGACGACAACAUGCACAACUGAAAUAACAGAAACUACAACAACUCCAGUCUCCAAGCCUACUACACUGACAAGCACACCAGUGGUAUCCAGAAGUACACCAUCUCAAUCAGCAACUACAGUGUCCACAUCCACAGCACCAACACCAAGUGAAAGCACAACACUGCACACUCCCCCUUCAUCAACAGGCACAACAAGCGAAACCGGAACGACACAUUUCACCAGCUCUACAACUGCAAAAACCGGUCCAACAACACCGACACGUGUAGAAACCACCCCAACACCAACUCGUACACAGACAGAAACAACAAGUCCAAAGACAACUGUUUCCACAACCAAAACUACAACAACACCAUCCUCCAAGACUACUACACUAACAAGCACACCAGUGGGAUCCACAAGUACACCAUCUCAAUCAGCAACUACAGUGUCCACAUCCACAGCACCAACACCAAGUGAAAGCACAACACUGCACACUCCCCCUUCAUCAACAGGCACAACAAGCGAAACCGGAACGACACAUUUCACCAGCUCUACAUCUACAACAACCAGUCCAACAACACCAACACGUGUAGAAACCACCCCCGGACCAACUGGUACACAAACAACAAGUCCAAAGACAACUGUUUCUACAACCAGUUCAACCGGAGCCUCUACAACUACAGCAUCACCCACAACCUCAACAACUCCCAUCACAGGAACACCACCAAUAUCCACAGCUGAAGAGACGACAACAUGCACAACUGAAAUAACAGAAACUACAACAACUCCAGUCUCCAAGCCUACUACACUGACAAGCACACCAGUGGUAUCCAGAAGUACACCAUCUCAAUCAGCAACUACAGUGUCCACAUCCACAGCACCAACACCAAGUGAAAGCACAACACUGCACACUCCCCCUUCAUCAACAGGCACAACAAGUGAAACAAUAACUACACAUGUCACCAUCUCUACAACUACAACAACCAGUCCAACAACACCAACACGUGUAGAAACCACCUCAAGACCAACUGGUACACAGACAGAAACAACAAGUCCAAAGACAACUACUACUACACUAACAAGCACACCAGUGGGAUCCACAAGUACACCAUCUCAAUCAGCAACUACAGUGUCCACAUCCACAGCACCAACACCAAGUGAAAGCACAACACUGCACACUCCCCCUUCAUCAAAAGGCACAACAAGCGAAACCGGAACGACACAUUUCACCAGCUCUACAUCUACAACAACCAGUCCAACAACACCAACACGUGUGGUAACCACCCCAACAACAACUGGUACACAGACAGAAACAACAAGUCCAAAGACAACUGUUUCUACAACCAGUACAACCAGAGCCUCUACACCUACAGCAUCACCCACAACCUCAACAACUCCCAUCACAGGAACACCACCUCUUUCCACAACUGAAGAGACGACAACCUGCACAACUGAAAUAACAGAAACUACAACAACACCAUCCUCCAAGACUACUACACUAACAAGCACACCAGUGGUAUCCAGAAGUACACCAUCUCAAUCAGCAACUACAGUGUCCACAUCCACAGCACCAACACCAAGUGAAAGCACAACACUUCACACUCCCCCUUCAUCAACAGGCACAACAAGUGAAACAAUAACUACACAUGUCACCAUCUCUACAACUACAACAACCAGUCCAACAACCAGUCCAACAACACCAACACGUGUAGAAACCACCCCCGGACCAACUGAAACUACAACAACUCCAGUCUCCAAGCCUACUACACUGACAAGCACACCAGUGGUAUCCAGAAGUACACCAUCUCAAUCAGCAACUACAGUGUCCACAUCCACAGCACCAACACCAAGUGAAAGCACAACACUGCACACUCCCCCUUCAUCAACAGGCACAACAAGCGAAACCGGAACGACACAUUUCACCAGCUCUACAACUGCAAAAACCGGUCCAACAACACCGACACGUGUAGAAACCACCCCAACACCAACUCGUACACAGACAGAAACAACAAGUCCAAAGACAACUGUUUCCACAACCAGUACAACCGCAGCCUCUACACCUACAGCAUCACCCACAACCUCAACAACUCCCAUCAAAGGAACACCACCUCUUUCCACAGCUGAAGAGACGACAACAUGCACAACUGAAAUAACAGAAACUACAACAACACCAUCCUCCAAGACUACUACAGUUAGAAGCACACCAGUGGUAUCCACAACUACACCAUCUCAAUCAGCAACGACAGUAUCCACAACCACAGCACCAACACCAAGUGAAAGCACAACACUGCACACUCCCCCUUCAUCAACAGGCACAACAAGUGGAACAAUAACUACACAUGUCACCAUCUCUACAACUACAACAACCAGUCCAACAACACCAACACAAACAACAAGUCCAAAGACAACUGUUUCCACAACCAGUUCAACCGGAGCCUCUACAACUACAGCAUCACCCACAACCUCAACAACUCCCAUCACAGGAACACCACCUCUUUCCACAGCUGAAGAGACGACAACAUGCACAACUGAAAUAACAGAAACUACAACAACACCAUCCUCCAAGACUACUACACUAACAAGCACACCAGUGGUAUCCACAACUACACCAUCUCAAUCAGCAACUACAGUGUCCACAUCCACAGCACCAACACCAAGUGAAAGCACAACACUGCACACUCCCCCUUCAUCAACAGGCACAACAAGUGAAACAAUAACUACACAUGUCACCAUCUCUACAACUACAACAACCAGUCCAACUACCAGUCCAACAACACCAACACGUGUAGAAACCACCCCCGGACCAACUGAAACUACAACAACUCCAGUCUCCAAGCCUACUACACUGACAAGCACACCAGUGGUAUCCAGAAGUACACCAUCUCAAUCAGCAACUACAGUGUCCACAUCCACAGCACCAACACCAAGUGAAAGCACAACACUGCACACUCCCCCUUCAUCAACAGGCACAACAAGCGAAACCGGAACGACACAUUUCACCAGCUCUACAUCUACAACAACCAGUCCAACAACACCAACACGUGUGGUAACCACCCCAACAACAACUGGUACACAGACAGAAACAACAAGUCCAAAGACAACUGUUUCUACAACCAGUACAACCAGAGCCUCUACACCUACAGCAUCACCCACAACCUCAACAACUCCCAUCACAGGAACACCACCUCUUUCCACAACUGAAGAGACGACAACCUGCACAACUGAAAUAACAGAAACUACAACAACACCAUCCUCCAAGACUACUACACUAACAAGCACACCAGUGGUAUCCACAAGUACACCAUCUCAAUCAGCAACUACAGUGUCCACAUCCACAGCACCAACACCAAGUGAAAGCACAACACUUCACACUCCCCCUUCAUCAACAGGCACAACAAGUGAAACAAUAACUACACAUGUCACCAUCUCUACAACUACAACAACCAGUCCAACAACCAGUCCAACAACACCAACACGUGUAGAAACCACCCCAAGACCAACUGGUACACAAACAACAAGCACAACAAGCGAAACCAGAACGACACAUUUCACCAGCUCUACAACUGCAAAAACCAGUCCAACAACACCGACACGUGUAGAAACCACCCCAACACCAACUGGUACACAGACAGAAACAACAAGUCCAAAGACAACUACUACAACACUAACAAGCACACCAAUGGUAUCCACAAGUACACCAUCUCAAUCAGCAACUACAGUGUCCACAACCACAGCACCAACACCAAGUGAAAGCACAACACUGCACACUCCCCCUUCAUCAACAGGCAUAACAAGUGAAACAAUAACUACACAUGUCACCAUCUCUACAACUACAACAACCAGUCCAACAACACCAACACGUGUAGAAACCACCUCAAGACCAACUGAAACUACAACAACACCAUCCUCCAAGACUACUACACUAACAAGCACACCAGUGGUAUCCACAAGUUCACCAUCUCAAUCAGCAACUACAGUGUCCACAUCCACAGCACCAACACCAAGUGAAAGCACAACACUGCACACUCGCCCUUCAUCAACAGGCACAACAAGCGAAACCGGAACGCCACAUUUCACCAGCUCUACAUCUACAACAACCAGUCCAACAACACCAACACGUGUGGUAACCACCCCAACAACAACUGGUACACAGACAGAAACAAGUCCAAAGACAACUGUUUCUACAACCAGUACAACCAGAGCCUCUACACCUACAGCAUCACCCACAACCUCAACAACUCCCAUCACAGGAACACCACCUCUUUCCACAACUGAAGAGACGACAACCUGCACAACUGAAAUAACAGAAACUACAACAACACCAUCCUCCAAGACUACUACACUAACAAGCACACCAGUGGUAUCCAGAAGUACACCAUCUCAAUCAGCAACUACAGUGUCCACAUCCACAGCACCAACACCAAGUGAAAGCACAACACUGCACAAUCCCCCUUCAUCAACAGGCACAACAAGUGAAACAAUAACUACACAUGUCACCAUCUCUACAACUACAACAACCAGUCCAACAACCAGUCCAACAACACCAACACGUGUAGAAACCACCCCAAGACCAACUGGUACACAAACAACAAGUCCAAAGACAACUGUUUCCACAACCAGUUCAACCGGAGCCUCUACAACUACAGCAUCACCCACAACCUCAACAACUCCCAUCACAGGAACACCACCUCUUUCCACAACUGAAGAGACGACAACAUGCACAACUGAAAUAACAGAAACUACAACAACUCCAUCCUCCAAGCCUACUACACUGACAAGCACACCAGUGGUAUCCACAAGUACACCAUCUCAAUCAGCAACUACAGUGUCCACAUCCACAGCACCAACACCAAGUGAAAGCACAACACUGCACACUCCCCCUUCAUCAACAGGCACAACAAGUGAAACAAAAACUACACAUUUCACCAGCUCUGCAACUACAAAAACCAGUCCAACAACACCGACACGUGUAGAAACCACCCCAACACCAACUGGUACACAGACAGAAACAAGUCCAAAGACAACUGUUUCAACAACCAGUACAAUUGGAGCCUCUACACCUACAGCAUCACCCACAACCUCAACAACUCCCAAUACAGGAACACCACCUCUUUCCACAACUGAAGAGACGACAACCUGCACAACUGAAAUAACAGAAUCUACAACAACACCAUCCUCCAAGACUACUACACUAACAAGCACACCAGUGGUAUCCACAAGUACACCAUCUCAAUCAGCAACUACAGUGUCCACAACCACAGCACCAACACCAACUGAAAGCACAAUAGUGCACACUCCCCCUUCAUCAACAGGCAGAACAAGCGAAACCAGAACGACACAUUUCACCAGCUCUACAUCUACAACAACCAGUCUAACAACACCAACACGUGUGGUAACCACCCCAACAACAACUGGUACACAGACAGAAACAACAAGUGCAAAGACAACUGUUUCCACAACCAGUUCAACCGGAGCCUCUACACCUACAGCAUCACCCACAACCUCAACAACUCCCAUCACAGGAACACCACCUCUUUCCACAACUGAAGAGACGACAAUAUGCACAACUGAAAUAACAGAAACUGCAACAACACCAUCCUCCAAGUCUAGUAUAGUUACAUACACACCAGUGGUAUCGACACCUCGAACAGCAAGCUUGGUAUCCUCCCCCGCACCAUCAACUCCAUCCAGAGCCACAACACCAGUCAGUGCUACAAGCACUGUAUCCAGGAGGACAUCUACAGCUGGCACUGAACCAGUGUUGACUACAAUCCGCACAACUGAAGCAACAGUAACAACUGAAACAUCAGUGCCCCCUGCUUCUAUUGGCAGUACACAAGGUUCUCUAGGAUCAACGAGUACAAUUUCACCCUCAGCUUCAACCACCACAAUUCCGCCAUCUCUGUCCAGCCUAUCAUCUUCACCUGCACCGAACGGGACUGCAUCCUCUGCAUCUCCAAGUAGUACAGCUGCCACCACGCACAGCCACGUCACAGAAUCAGCCACGGCGUCUCCAACUUCCAGCAGAGUCACCGUCACUCUGUCUGCCACGUCACCCACCACAUGGAGCACGACCACUGCUGUCACCGUUCGGCUCUCCUCUCCUGGUUCAACAACUGCCCUGUCUGCAACUACGACCAAGAUUUUCUCAACCUCUUCUUCCUCAUCCACUGGUCCCACUCGGCAUUCUACCGUCUCUCCAUCCACAAGUCAUUCAUCUUCCAUCACAGAAUGCUUCUGUGUUGUGAAUGGAACCGUGUAUCCCCAAGGUGCUGUGAUAUAUAACUACACUGAUAAUGCUGGAAUUUGCAUUUAUGCAAUCUGUAAUGACACCUGUAACAUUGAAAAACAUAUCUGGCCUUGUGGAACCACAAAGCCACCUUCCACAAGUGUACCUCCAAGCAGUAGCAGCCAUCCAACAAAGCCAACUGAAUCUACCCCACCUCCAGGAUGCCCAGACUUAAAUCCACCAAGACAACAUAACGAGACCUGGCUGAGCUGUGAUUGUAUGACAGCAAGAUGUAUAGAUAAAGAUGUAAUUUCCUUAAAACCUGUGGUGUGUCCCACCGUUGAACCUAUUAAAUGUGCCAAUGGCCGUCUACCUGUCAAAGUUUAUGAUGAGCAUCAUUGUUGCUACCAUUACGAAUGUGACUGUCAUUGCAAUGGAUGGGGAGGUUCACAUAUCGUUACAUUCGAUGGUCAGUACUACAGUUACGAUGGAAGCUGCAGCUACAUUCUUGUGGAAGAAACAAGUCCAUCCCUUCACAAUUUUGGUGUUUACAUUGACAAUUACUACUGUGAUACACAAAACAGUCUCACCUGCCAGCGUGGUAUUACUGUGAAGUUUGAAAAUCUUGAAAUACAAGUCACAACUAUCAAUGCAAAUGAAAUUCAAAGUCUGGUAACAAUUAAUGGAAGUAUUGCGUCACUACCAUAUUUCAGAGAUGACGUGAGGAUCUUCAGGUCAGGCAUUAACAUAAUGAUUCACAUUCCCAAAAUAAAAGCUCUCAUCACUUCUAGUGGUUUAGCUUUUGCAAUCAAACUUCCGAGUGAACUGUUUGGAAACAAGACCCAGGGGCAAUGUGGAACGUGUAAUAAUAUUCAGAACGAUGACUGUAUUCUGCCCAGCGGAAAGAUUGUGUCCUCCUGUUCUGAAAUGGUUGAUCACUGGUUGUUUGAAGAAUGCCACAGCCUUGUUGCACCAGACUCCUACUACCAGGCAUGUGUGCAUGACGAGUGCCUGACACCGAGUACCCCAGUCGUGUGUGCCAGUUUGCAAACUUACGCAUCUACAUGCAUGACUCACGGCAUCUGCAUUGACUGGAGAAAUUACACGCAUGGAGAAUGUCAAGGAUGUUUCUGCUCCAAGGGUACUAUCCUAUUCAGCCCUGAUUCCGACCUUUGUGUUGAUAAAUGUGGAUGCCUCGGACCUGAUGGGUCAACCAAAGAGAUUGGUGAAAAAUUUAAGUUCAACUGCCAGGACUGCAUCUGUGACAAGAUCACACAUCGCGUCAUCUGUCAGCCUUCCAGCUGUCCUGAUUUCCCGGCGACAACCUGUGAUGGAGAAGGAUUUAUCAAUGUUAAUGUAACAAUCCCAGAUGACAAUUGUUGCACAAAACCCACGUGCAAGCCACUGGGUGUUUGUGUGAAUGAAGGGUCAGUGUACUAUCCUGGGAAAGAAUGGCCUUCACCUUAUGACAAGUGUAUAAUUUAUGAAUGUAUGAAAAUCAAUGAGAGCUUAAUUUCAACCAGUUCCAAGGUAGUUUGCCCUGAUUUUCAUCCAGAGAACUGUGAACCAGGCACAAUUACCACAACUACAGAUGGCUGUUGCAAGACCUGUCAAGAAAAGGAGAGCUGCAAGCGUGAGACGACAAUGGUCCACAUUACCCAUGAAGGCUGUAAAUCAAUAGAAAAAGUGGAACUAGCUUCGUGUGAAGGAAUGUGCGGUACUUACUCCAAGUAUUCUUCAGAAGUAAGUUCAAUGGAGCACAAAUGUACUUGUUGUAAAGAGAUGAAGAAACACCUAAGAGAAACUGUUCUGUUAUGUCCCGAUGGAAAUACUAUUCAUUAUCCAUACAUCUAUGUUGAUGCAUGUGAUUGUGUGGAAAACAAAUGUGAAGAUCAAACCAACUCAACCACCAGCAACAGAGCAUACAAAGUCUCUCGAGCAAAACGCAGCCUAUCCAUGACCAAUGCAUCUGGAGAGAAUCGCAACUUAAUUGACUCAAGAAGAGGGAUGGACAGCGCAAGCUUUAGCAAAGCAAUUGAACCCAACGAAAGUAAAGUGGAAGGAAACCGACAAAAUCAUCGUCAAGAAAAGCAACCGAAGGAGAGAAAGCAGAGGCAUCGCCAACGAAUGAACGUGAAGCAACUUAGAAAGCACAACUAG